AUGAGAAGAGCUCAUCAUAAUUACGGAGACAAAGCCACACCAGGUCAGAACAGUAUUAUAAAAAAAAAGUGUGACACGGCCAUGGUGAUAAUUGCCAAUGUGUACCACUAUCUGCAAACCGAGUUUGAUAACCUCAAGAGUUUCAUCAGCAGCAGUUAUGACCUGAGUUCUCUGAGUAACAUCCUUAAACGUACUGCUGAAGCCACUGGGGUUAGCGAGCAGACGGUAACCAGUAUCUUGGAGGAGAGGAAGCUGUGUGAAGAUCCUGAACAGGAGAUUGUUAGAACCGAUGAAAAUAUAAUAAAAUUUGAUGAUGAUGAAAUGAGGUAA